AUGUCCGGACAGCGAGCACGAGAGCUUAUCACGGCUACCUAUGCGCAGUAUGCAAAUGAUGCAAACGCGAUCCAGCAGCUUCAAGGCGACGCCGCGUUGCCGCUGGUAGAUCUCGCAGACAAGCUUGCCGGCCUUACCGGCAAGUCGAACCAGAUCUAUGGCGCCGAUGACAAGGCCAAGUCAGCUACCACCGAAUGGCUCAAGAAGCUCGACGGCUCCGACGAGGCGCAACUUGCCUCCUCGGAAGGACUUAAGUCGCUCAACGAGCAGCUCGACAACGUCACUUACCUCGCUUCCAACGAGCCGACCGUGGCCGACCUCGCGCUGUUCGCCUCCAUCUAUCCCACCGUUUCGAAACAGCAGCCCGCUGAGCAGCACGCGACGCCCUCGGUCGCACGCUAUGUCUCGCAUCUCUCCAAUCUGGCUGCCGUAAGCAAGGCUGCCAGCGCCGCCCAGCUUGGCUUCUCUCCAUUCCAGCCAACUUACGAGGGCAUGCCUACCAUCGAGCGUGCUAAGCCAGAGGACCUCAAGAAGGCCAAGAAAGCCAACAAGGAGGCGGCUGCUGCUCAGGCGCAGAAGUCUGAAGCUCCUCAACAGCAGACCGAGGAGCAGCCCGCUAAGAAGGAGAAGAAGGAAAAGAAGGAGAAGGCGCCCAAGGAGGCCAAGGCUGGCGGUGGUGGAGGUGGAGGCAAGAAGGGCGGUGCUGCCGCCGCCGCUGCCGACACCACCGGCCCUUUGCCAUCUCAGGUCGAUCUCCGUGUAGGCAAGAUUGUUUCUAUCGAGAGGCACCCGGACGCUGACGCGCUCUACCUCGAGAAGGUGGACUUUGGCGAGGCCGACGGACCACGAACCAUCCUCAGCGGUCUCGUCAACUUUGUGCCGAUCGAGAAGAUGCAGAACCGCAUGGUGAUUGGCGUGUGCAACCUCAAGCCCGCCUCGAUGCGCGGCAUCAAGUCGUACGGCAUGCUGCUCUGCGCAACCGCCAAGGAAGGCAAGGACGGCGGUGUGGAGCCGGUCCACCCUCCCGAGGGCAGCCAGGUAGGUGACAAGGUCUGGGUCGAGGGCUUCGAGGGUCGUGAGCCCGAAGCGGUGCUCAACCCCAAGAAGAAGAUCUUCGAGACUAUCCAACCGGCUUACACCACGACGGAGAACAAGGAGUGCGCUUGGGUCGGUGCUCUGCCGGACGCGGCGGACCCGGAGGCUGACAAGAAGCCCCGCCUGCUCAGGACCGAGAAGGGUGUUCUGUUCUCAGAGAACUUUGUUGGCGCUUCGCUGUCGUAG